CGGUUUUGAGGCCGGCUCACCAAGACCUCGUCCGGGGGGGCCCUAAGGCCCAAUGAGCACGAGAUUGCUGGAGAGGCAGGCCUGCGGUCGAACCCCUGAGGGAAUCUCAUCUCGUGGCCCUACGGAUGAAUCGUAUGGCCAGGAGGGAAGAGUCUCUGGUCCGAUAUAAGAAGCGAUGGGUAACCCCCCCAUGGGAUCAAGCGCCCUGCGCAUCUAGGCCCCCUACCCUCUCUUCCAUCUCACCCUCUUUCGAGAUUCCUCUUUCGGUUUCUUAUUCACUCUCUUUUUUCUUAAAACCAAGUCUUUGAGGUCCCUUUCCCCUCUAUUCACUCUUUCUAGUGUGGAAAGAUCUCAUUCACUCGUUGUUCGUAGUGCUUUUGCGUGUGCUUCGGGACUUGCUCACGUCACAGCCGUUUCCCGUAGCCCUUUUUCCGUUUCUGUUUUUUUUUGUUUCCCCAAAAGAUUAUUUUAGCCCAACAUGGCCCCUUCACUCUUCUCGACGCUCUCUUCCGUCCUCCUUCUUACCUCUUCGGUAUCGGCCCAUAAGUCCUACCAGGUCGUGGACAGCUACGACUCCACAAACUUCCUCGACAAGUUCGGCUUCUUCGUCAGCGACCACUCGAGCUCAAACUACAACGAUGUAGACCCCACGGGCGGAUAUGUUUCCUAUAAGUCUGCCGAGGAGGCCCAGAGCAUGGGUAUUCUGAAGACCGUCGGCGAGGACUUGUACCUCGGCGUCGACUCCAAGUCCGUCCUCGACCCCAACGGCAUCGGCCGCAGCAGUGUCAGGAUCGAGAGCAAGAGCAAGUACAAGCAGGGUCUUUUCAUUGCGACUUUCUCUCACCUACCCAAGCCCGUCUGCGGUGCCUGGCCUGCUUUCUGGACCGUCGGUAAUCCCUGGCCCGAUGCCGGUGAGAUUGACAUCGUCGAGACCUGGAACGAGGACAACGUCAACAAGGUCGUUCUCCACACCGACGAGAGGAUCGGCGAGUGCCGCAUCGACGGCAAGGGCAUGACCGGAACCGUCAGCAAGCCGAACUGCGCCAACUUCGCCGUGGGCCAGGCCGACAACGAGGGUUGUGCCGGCCUCGACCCGGCCGCGCCCUUUGGAUCCGCCGAGGGCGGCGUUUAUGCCAUGCAAUGGACCGACGAUGCGAUCAAGGUUUGGGGCUUCACCCACGCCAACGUUCCCGCCGACAUCGCUACCAACCCCAACCCGGAGAACUGGGGCGUUCCGAGCUUUACCACUAGCACAUGCGCCGCAGACAAGCUCUUCGGAGAGGCCAAGCUCGUGAUGAACAUCAACCUGUGCGGCGUGGCCGGGCAGGAUGGCAUCUGGGACAGCUGCAAGGCCAAGGCCGGGGGCGCUACAUGCAAGGAGUGGGUUGCGAAGAACCCGGCCGCCUUCGCCGAGGUGUACUUCCAGCUCAAGUCCGUCAAGGUCUACAGCCUCAAAGAGGCCGAGGCGACUCCCAGCUCGGUCAUCUCCAGCCAGCUCGCUUCCACUGCUGUUGCUUCCACUGCUGCAGAGACCACUGUUGUUUCCACCUCUGCUGCUGCGGAGACCGCUGUCGUCAGCUCUGUCGUUGUGUCCUCCGCCGUCGCUUCUGAGAAGCCCGUCGAGACCGUCUCGGCUUCGGCCUCCGCUCCGGCCUCCACCUCCGUCAUCGCUUCCGAGAAGCCCAUCGAGACCCCCAUCGAGACCCCUGCUGAGAGCCUGACCACCCGUCUCGCCACGUCCACCGUCUACGAGACCAACAUCAAGACCAUCACCUCGUGCGCGCCCGAGGUCACCAACUGCCCGGCCAAGGACACCCCCGUAGUCGUCACCGAGGUCGUCCCCGUCACCACCACGAUCUGCCCCGUGUACGACGUUCCGACCCAGCUGACCAUCUCCAAGACUGAGGUCGUCACCGUCACCUCCUGUGCCCCUGAAGUCCCCAACUGCCCCGCGAGGACCUCGACUCUCACGACCCAAGAGAUCAUCCCCACGACGACCGCCAUCCCCGUCGAGAGCUACGUCCCGCCUAAGCCCACUGCCGACAAGCCCGUCGUCACCGUCAGCUCGCAGAAGCCUGUUGACGAUGUCACUACCGCCCUGACGACCUACAAGACCAACAUUGUCACAAUCACCUCCUGCGCGCCCGAGGUCCCCGACUGCCCUGCCAGGACCUCCACCAUCAUCACGAGCGAGGUCAUCCCCACUACCGUCCCCGCCGUUCCCGCCACCACCGAGGCCGAGAAGCCCGUCGUCACCGAGGAACCUCCCGUCCAGAUGACCACGUACAAGACCAACAUCGUUACUAUCACCUCUUGCGCGCCCGACGUUCCCAACUGCCCGGCCAGGACCUCGACCGUCAUCACCAGCGAGAUUGUCCCGGCGCCCACGACUGAGGGCGAGAAGCCUGUCCCCGUCACCACCGAGGUCGAGAAGCCCGUUGUCACGGAGCAGCCUCCCGUUCAGAUCACGACUUACAAGACUAACAUCAUCACCAUCACUUCCUGUGCUCCCGACGUCCCCAACUGCCCUGCCCGGACUAGCACCAUUGUCACUAGCGAGAUCGUGCCUGUUCCUACCACCGAGGUCGAGAAGCCCGUUCCUGUUCCUACUACGGAGGGAGAGAAGCCCGUUCCCGUGCCCACGACCGAGGCCGAGAAGCCGGUCCCCGUCACCACGGAGAUCCCCACCGUCCUGACGACCUUCAAGACGAACAUUGUCACCAUCACCUCGUGCGCACCCGAGGUCCCCGAUUGCCCCGCCAGGACUUCUACCAUCGUUACUAGCGAGCUCAUCUCCACGACGGUGCCCGUCCCCGGCGUCCCCGGCAAGCCCACCGACGUCUCUCAAAACCCGCCGGUCCCCGGUACCGAGAAGCCUGCGACCACUCCCGCCGUCCCCGGCAACGGCGAGCCCAUCACCACCCCCGCCGUCCCCGGCGGCGAGGAGCCCGCCACAACCCCGGUUGCCCCCGGCAAGCCUACGACUCCCGCCCCCGAAUACUCUACCAUAAGCAAGGACGAGCCCUCGGCCCCAGGCUCUCCCAAGCCUUCCAACCCCGGCGCCGGCGUCCCCACCGUCGGUGUCCCCGUGCCCGGCGAGACCACUUCCGCGCAGAAGCCCGUCCCCGAGACCCCCGGCGUCCCCGCGACCGACGUGGCCACCGCCACCGCUCCCCCCGCCGCGCCCACGACUCUGGUCGUCGCCCCGUCGUCCCCUUACAACGGCACUCUGACUACCGCCCGCAUCCCCGUCGGCACCGGCGUCACCGCGCCCUGCAUCGGCGCCGCGUGCCCGGCCACCACCACCGGCCCCGUCCAGGCUGGCGCCGGCAAGGUUGGCUCAGGAGCCUUCCUGCUGGCCGCCGCGCUGGCCGCCCUGGCCAUCUAA